GCGCCUCACAAUCUACUUUUCCUUCCACUCUACAUACCACACAGGACAUGACCCCUCUCAAUAGUCGCAGGCAUGUCCUGCCCACUGCAACUAUCGCGGCCUGAAGUCUCUGAUUCCAGCGACUACGGAUCCGACUUCACGCCAGACGAAGAGGAGCUGCUGAACCACCUCGUCACCAAAGCUGCCGCGGAACACGCGACCGUCCAACGCGACGCCACCCCGGUGUCAACGCCAACGCCAAAUCGAAUCCCCGAAGAUACAAUUUCUACCCCAGUCGCGGCGACACUUGAAGAUCUCGACUCCCUUCAACCGGCGACUCUAGCGCCGCUAGUUGCAGACAUCGAAGAUGCUGUCACGAAUGCCCCGGGCGUCCGCCUGCCGAAGGUGUUGGGCCGGGAGAAGCCUGGUUCACCAUGGAGACGUUCGAGCCAGCGACCUUGGCCUGGACCGACGAGUCCGCGGAGUCCCAUGGCUGGAAGGUCAAGCCAGGGCCCAAACAACAGUGGUGCCCAGAUUGCGUUUAGUAGAGCAUCCUGGAUCAACCGAAGGGAGAGAAAAAGAGCGAGAGCGUAGUGCCGCACGCGAACUUGAAUGGACACAAGAGACUCAACUAGCCCCGACGCUGGAUACGCGGACCCCUAUAGAGCGCUUUCGACGACCGCCGAAUAAGGCGUUUUCGGUUACAGAUUUGGUCUCUCCCGCUUGGUGUGAGCUGCAGUAUUGGUAUACUCUGACCAAGCAUGGGCGGAAGAGGAGGACGCCCGCUAUGAAGAAGGGGAGUGUCGUGCAUAAGACGCUUGAGGAUGAGAUUUACACCACGGUCCCGGUGGAGAUCAAGACCAAGGAGGAUGCGUGGGCACUGCGGAUUUGGAAUGUCAUACAGGGCUUAAGCAUGUUGAGGGAGUAUGGCAUCACGCGGGAGCUAGAGAUUUGGGGUAUUGUGGAUGGGGAGUUGGUGAAUGGGGUCAUUGACCAGCUUUCCUACGAAUGUCCCGACUCUGAGCUUGAGGCUACGGCUGCUGGAUACUAUGAAGAUGCGGCAAAGUCACGGGCUGCUUUGCCUGAGUAUCAGAUGUCGUUGUCUGAUUUCCUGCUGUCUUCGUCCCAGGGAGGAAAGCGGAUUUCAGAUCUCGCCGACCUGGGAGCUCCCGGGGAAGUGCCUACACUUGCCACGGAAGAAGACCCGGCAGUCUAUGGCUUACCGCGGAUAUAUAUGACGGAUGUCAAGACGAAAGCGAGUGGCUCUGUGCCGACAGUCAAGAGCACGUCUUUCCGACCAACGUUACUUCAACUACAACUCUAUUACCACAUGCUGAACCGUCUUAUCACGAGCGACGAUGUCACAAUGGAUGUGCUCGCAGCGCGCUACAAUCUCGAUCCCGAGAAGCCAUUCACUGAUGCAUUUAUAUCAGAAGUUGGCGGCUUGAAUGAUGAAUUCUUCGAUGCCGUCUCAUCACAGGAAUUUGAUUUGGACAAUGUUCCUACACCCGAAGAGGCGGUGCAAGCCUCUCAUGGCUCGGGCCCAGCUUCCAACCUUCCUAAUGCAAGCCAGGACUCGACGAGUAUUCUCCUGACGCAUGGAACACUACAUCUUCUCUGGCGAUACAUGAAAGAGCAACUCCGCCUUACCUUCAUUCCUACGUUCUCGCCACUUGAAGAGCCCGUCGCACCAUCUAUCCCAUCGUGGUCACAGCCAACGAUGCUCGAAGACUAUCCUACUCUCAUCUCUCCUGUCCUUACCGCCCGGUUCCUCUCGUCAGCUCCUACGACUGAUCUCCACCCCCGGCUCCUGGGAAGCAGAUCCUUCCUCUUCGACCCAAACACGAUGUCAUCCUAUCUCACUGACCAGAUGGAGUGGUGGCGCGGCCAGCGCAAUCCCCAAGGAGUUGGUAUUGUGGAAGCUUGGAAAUGCCGGAUCUGCGACUUUCGUGAUGAGUGUUCAUGGCGUCAGGAACGCGAGUUGGAUUAUGCUACUCGAAAUCGGAGACGAAGAGCUGGUUCCUUGGCGGAUAUCUGACAUACAAAAGACCGCUCUUACCACCACUAUCGAGUGUGAUAGAAACCACUAAUUACUUAGAAAACAUGAGCCAUAGCAUCAUAAAUAGAGCAAUCAAAAAAUUGAAAUGACUAUCUCUAUUUAUCAUAAAGGAUAACUCCGCACUUCAUCCUCCUUAUCCAACUCCAAUCCCGCCUUCACCUGCUCCUCAUGCUUUGCAUCCAAAUACUCCAACAGCACCUCCUCAUACUUUGCCUUCCCCUUAUACCUCGAAACAUCAUCCCCCCAACUCCGAAUCGCAGAAGCCAACCGGCCCGGAACGUACGGCUCC